GCGCAGCCGUAGCAGUUCCCGGGGCGGAAAAGGGACGCGGCGGAUUUUCUUUCGCUGCUUCAGGGCUCUUCCAGCGCCCACCGCCAUCUUGACCCGCGGCGCAGCGCCCCGGGUCUCUUGGGGUACGCAGGGGCCACCGCUUCGCCGCCCGUGGCUUCCCUUGGGGGCCUUGGCGGGCAGGCGGGUGGGCGCGCUCGGCUCCGCCGGGUCCCCUUCCUCCUUCCUGCGGGGAGGCCUUGAGGCCAUCUAGGCUGGGCUCCGCUAACGAAGCGCAGGUUUCCCCCGCGGCUUUGGCCUUCUUCCUCCCUCGCCGCCGCGCAGUAACUUUUAGAAGUACCAAAUUGCUUGCCGAUGCAUUGAAAUCAUUUUAUCAGUUGCUAGAAUGUUCAAAAAUGAAUAUCAGGGUGGCCCAUUUGUUGAAAUCUUCAGUGCUCAAGGCAAGAACACUGGGACCAAAUGGAAAUUUUUUGGCAAUCCUUCAGUCAUAGGGAAAGAAUACGAUAAGGAAGUGAAAGGCUUCGUCUUUGUUCUGGAAGGAAGCAGUCAAACCAACAAGAUGCAGCUUCCAAAGGAAACUAAGCAAACUCUUGGACUGAUCCAGCAAUUUUUGGUACUUCAGAUUUAUGUGCCAUUGGGACAAGAUUUCUCAGCUGAGUUACUGAUAACUGAUUUAGGAAAUAUUAAAAGAAGAUUGUAUUUAUCGACAAUCCACAAAGAAUUAUCUGUAACCCCUCUGCAUGCAAAAAUCCCUCUGUUUAUGAUCAAGCGCAAAAUUUGGUGCAAUUUGUGCAUUGAUUUGGUGGCAUUCACCAGUGAGAUAUUCAAAGGCGCUGUUUUUCAGUCCUUGGAUGGCAUUAUUGUUUCAGCCAAUUGUAAACUGCGAAAAAUCUUCACACUGAAGUCAAACCCCCUGGACCCCGCAGAUGAUGAUGCUGCAGGGCCAGCAGAAAUGAUUCCUCGAGCCUGUCAGUUAAACGCAGAUGUGCCACAAGUCACACAACUGCUGAACAUGAAUAAGCUGCGCCAAACAGAACAAAAAUAUAGAGGCCGACCUUUAACUUCACCAGUACUAGAUCCUCCAACCAACCGAGUGUCAGCUACUAUACGCAACAGCAAGAGUCAAGAUAUAUCCCACAUUGCAUUUGGAUCUAAAGUUCUUGGGCCACCUCCUCUCUCGGGCCGAAGGUUCACAACGAGGACAUCUGGGGAGGUAACAAAAUCAAGCAUUAGAACAAAAAAAUCAUGCCAAAUGCCAAGUUUGGAAAAGAGAACAGAACCAGUACAAGAUACUGUAAAGUCUGAACAAUCUCUAUCACCUCUUGAUACGGCUUUAGAUCAAGAAAAUAUAGAAGAUAUCUGUGACACAAACCAGGUUUCCCCGGAUAAGGAUGAAUGGAUAUUUCCUCACCAAGAAAGCUCUGAACUGGAGUCCAGCAAUCCUUUGCCAAUAGCCUGUGAAACCUCCGGUGGCUUUUCAGCCACCACACCAAGUGAUGACCAAACAUGUGAAAGUAAACAAACAGCUGAAGGCCAUGCGGAUAUUUUCACCUAUUCCUCAAAACCCAGAUCAGCACCUCAUGGAAAGCCCUUAAAUCUUUCUUCAGAAGAUUGCAGUUUUUCUGUGGAUUUGAAGGAAGACAUUAGCAGGGAUUGUCGAGGAGCUCAAAUGGAAGAUGAUUUCUAUGGAAAUGAGAGCAAUGGAGAGGAUGAUAGCUACAUGGACUUCACGCAAGAGACUCAGAAUCUUCCAAAUAACUAUUUUAUAUCAGGAUUUCCUCAACCAGUGAUAUCCAAAGAGAUUUUUCCCAAAAUGCCAUCCAGGAGUCCUGAAAGCAGGACACACAAAAUCUAUACAAAAAAAGCUAAUGAAGAAAUAUCACAGUGUACAGAAGAUUCUGUUGUGAUAACAGAUAAGGCAAAUAACAUUCAAAGAAGCUUGUUACCUACUUCUUGUUUAUCCCCUAUCGGAAGCCUACCUGAACCCUGCAAGGAAACAUCUCAGGUAUCAAAAGGUGUCUCGACCAGUGCAUUAAGAAGUUCCAUAAGUAGAAAAUCCCUAAAAGAAAUCCAGCAGGAGUAUUCAAAUCCAAUGGUCCAAAUUCCUGAAUACAAUUGGAAAGAUUACCAACCAAGCAACAUGACCAUGUCUGAAAUGCAGAUGUUGGCUAGCAUGAAAAGGCAGCAAAAUGAAGAGUUGGAAUAUAAUGGACCUUCACAUGGGUUGAGCGCAUCUCAGAUCAAUAAUUGUAAUAUUAGCAUCAGUACAAGCAGUGAUGACACAAACACCUGGAAUUCAUGUCUCCCAGCACCUGUUAAUCAAGGAAGUCACUAUCAGAAAGAAAUGAAUCCUCUUUCCCAUUCCAACCCACGGGAUUGGCUACAUGUUUUCAGCCCUCCUAUUAUUCCUCCUAGCCAACAGGUGGCAGAAUAUACCAAAGCUUCAACAAACCUAAGUACCCAAGGUGAAAGUGAAGGGAGAGAAGAAGAUGAAGUUCUCACACUCUUGUACGACCCAUGCCUCAACUGUUACUUUGAUCCUGAAACUGGAAAAUAUUAUGAGUUGGCAUAGAUUUUGGCAGAGAUAAGGAGCACCACAAAGAACCCGAACUCCACAACACUUGAGAGCCUUGGCAAAUGCUCUUCUCCCUGCUCCAAAAGCAAACAGAGAAAUACUUGAAAAGACCAUGUAAUAUUUUGUCUCCUUUUUCCAUUUCUGCUAUUUUUAUCAGAGUGCUUAGAAAGCUGCUCUGAUUUUCAUACACAUUUGUUUAAUUUGUUGCUGUUAUUUACAACAUGGAAGAUUCCUACGCGCGAACUGAAUUACACCAAAUCAAAGAUAUGUCCUGGAUUAACCUGUGAAUGCUUGCAUGAUUUUUUUUUUCACCUAGUCAUUUUUUUUUAUCCCUGAUCAUUUAAAGAGAUAUAUUGCAUCUUUGUACUUCAGAAAA